AUGGCCCUCUCUUUCCGCACCUCUUCCACUUCCGCCCUCCCGAGUCAUGAACAGCCAAUCAACCAAGCGAGCAUAUCUUCGACGGCACUGGACUUUGUCUAUGCCCUGUCGACAGUUGAUUUUGAGCUCUAUACUUCUGCGCAACUGCAUUUCGAUGGUACUACUACCAGGGUUGCUGGACGAGGCGGUUAUGCCACUGUCGAGAUUGGCACCAUCAGACGUUCCAAGAACCUCGUCGCGGUAAAACGAAGUCUGAUGCAAUGGGAGAACCAUCAACCGACUCAAACUCAAGAUUCAAAAAGGAUCUUGGGCAAAGGAUUUGAGCAGGUUGUUCAAGAGUUGCGCAUUCUUGGACACAAAAAGGUCAGGAGCCAUGACAAUAUAGUGAGCCUUGAGGGCUUCUGCCUGGACGAGAUCAACGGGGUACCCUCGCUAGCUCUCGUCAUAGAGUAUUCACAUCUCGGCACUUUGCGUGAGUUUCUAGUCCAGAACAAUGAUGCCCUCUCGUAUGAUGAGCUGUUCGACCUUGCGUUGCAGGGCGCCCGUGGCUUGGAUGCUCUUCAUAAGCUGCUAGUCUGUCAUGCUGACGUCAAAAUCGAUAAUGCACUCGUAUUUGAGUCCUCAACGAAGAUUAACGGCAAGAAUUGCUGGGUGGUGAAGAUCUCGGAUUUUGGACAAUCUAUUAUUGCAUCCCGUGACGAUCCUGCUGGGAGAGUGCCUUGUCGACCCGGGACACGUCUCCGAGAGGCUCCCGAAAUCAGGCGAGGCCAGGCGUUUCAAGACCCCGGCUACAAUAUACAGGCUGCCUUGAAGACAGAUGUCUUCUCAUUUGGCCUUUUUGUAUGGGAAGUGAUGAAGAAUGGCCAGGGAUACUUUGAUCCGGCGUGGGCAAGGCUAAAUGGAAGGCAGUAUGACGCGGAUAGGAUGGAGGACUUUCUUAACAAUUUGCCUGCCGAUGCCCUUUUAACUUAUGGGACCGAGUUUUCAAACAGCUUGGACCAACGCCCCGUUUCCCAGAAGCUUAUGCGGGUAUUUGAGGGUUCAUUGAGAGACCGGCCACGAGCAAGGAGUACUAUGAGCGAACUAGUGGAAGCGCUUAGGCUCUCAAGUGACAAAUGCGAGGAGAAGAAAGUAAUAUCAGAUUCACCUACAGAUCUUGGGGCCAUAUUCGCCAAACUGGGCUUUGAUGUUGAUGACGACUCUUCAAUAGGAACAUGGGGAAUUAGCAAGUCCUUUUACGAUGCAGACAUUUCUGGAUACUACACUAUGUUAUCCCAGGUUCCGAUGUUGCUGCAGCGGAAAAUCCUUGCCGAGCUCAAAGGCAUGGCAAUAUCUGAUAGCACGGAAACUCAUUCCUCGGGCCACUCCGCUAUGACCGUCGCUGAGUGCUAUACACUUGGCUUUGGAGGGUCACACGACAUUGCUCAGGUUGUCCAGUGGCUGGGAACUGCAGCUUCGAAAGGGUUCAAGAAGGCAGGGCUUGUAUAUCACCGAGUUUGCGAGGCUGUUGACAUUCAGCCGCAAGACUUGAGCGGCGCCGACAAAGGAAAGGCCUUAGAGAUGGCUCUGAAAGGGAUCCCCACUGAGAAGUACUUGUCGGAAAGAAUCCUUCACCACAGCCGGAGCGCUCUGGAAGAUGCGCGACAAAGAAUCCUUGGCCAUGACGCCAUAUCACUCCUUUCAAUGGCAGAGGGGAUCUUUAUCUCUGCUUUUAGUGAGGCCAAAACGGAUACUUUACUUCCAUUGCAUGCGGCUUCUUGGCUUGGGGAGGAGGCCCUUGUGGCGGAGCUAUUGACAAGCACUCCUCCAGAUGCACAGUCAGCAUUGGGUUUCAACGCCGCGCACUUUGCAUGUCUCGGAGGCCACGUUUCGAUUCUCAAACUCUUGAGCAAACAUAAAGUGCCUCUAUCAGCGGCUAGUCUCCAGUUGAUAACGCCUCUACACUUGGCAAUCUUCUUCCAGGCUGAUGACCUCGCCACAGUUGUGAAGCUUCUCGUCGAGCAUGGCUGCUCGCUUGAAACACGCACGCAUGCAAUCAAAUGGGAUGCUCAUGACCUUUCAGUUUAUGGGACGCCAAUACAAUGGGCGUUACAGACACGAAAUAGGACCCUUGCGCGUAUUCUACUACCACUACAAGCGCAAUCACCUAGUCCUGAGUGGCUACAUAACGUUAUCCAGGACUUUUACUGGGAGCUAUUGGAGGAUCUUCUCCCCUAUUUCCAAGGCCCAAUAGAUGAUUUUGUUACAUUGCAAACAGCAGAGAGGCCAUUUACUCGGUACAUUGCUCACGGUCGAGACUAUGGCCAAGCCAUCGAAAGGACUGUCCGGCUAUGUCAUGAUAACGGAAUUUUGGGCUUUACCGCUGACGGUCUAUCUCAACUCGAUCUCAUAAUGACUUCCACGCGUACACUAACCGACUUCUUGAUGUUCAACUAUGCUUUGGAUGUAUGUUCGGCAGACUACAUACGGUACAGAGGGCCGGAGCCUUUUAGUUCCCCUUUAAUCGUCUCUGCAUUCGGGCGCACCAACCACCAGGAAGCUCUUCGCGACACUCUGUCCCGACUGACCGAAUAUUAUACACUUGAUGAGUUGGAAGAUGGCCGCCUGGCCGAUGGCUAUAAUCUUCUUGGGGUGGCCGUUGCUCGUCACAAUGUGACGGCGGCACGUAUCUUACUCGAAAGAGGAGUUGAUGUCAACAAAUCAUACACGCUUGGUGGUGUUUCCAUCAUGAACCCGAUCCAAACUUGUCUUUUUGGGAGACCAUUGCCUGAGAUGCUGUCGCUAUUGGUCGAGUAUGGUGCCGACCUUCUGGCCAAAUGCUCUAUGACGAGGCUAACACCACUACAACUACUCCUUGUCGGUCCAGUUCAAGUAGACGACAUAUUGAAUAUCCUGGCCAGUCAUUCACAGCCGGAUCAGACAUGGCUUAGGGACAUCGCCCAGUAG